GGGGCUGGCUCUGUCUGCAGUGGCUGCAUUAUCGGCCUCUGAUCUCUGUCACCAUCUCGUAGUUAACAGCAGUUACAUUAAUAAGCAAUUGGGAUUUUUCCAUGAAUGCGAGGGCCUGAAUUCUCACCUCUCCCAUCUUCUCCCUCCCCUAGAGACUCUGCGACGGGGGCUGGGGAGCGACACAGGCGGCAGAGUAACGCCCACCUUUGGCUCCAGAUUGUUCCAGCCUCCCACAGGACAGGGAAGGAACUGGCUGUAGUGGAGCCAGUCCAGCUCUUGCUCUUUCAGGGGCCGGUGACUUUCGAGGAGGUGGCUGUGUAUUUCACCAGGGAAGAGUGGGCUCUGCUGGACCCCCGUCAAAGAGCCCUCUGCAGAGAUGUCAUGCAGGAGAACGAUGAGAAUGUGACCUCGCUGGUAACAGCUCUGCCAAGCUGCUCCAACUACUCCCUCCACCAUCCAGUUACAGCUGACCCAGUGCACAGAGCUGGAGGGCAUGUCGAUAAAUGCUGGUAUUCCCAUCUCCAGAGGUGAAAGUAAGCCGGUACGGGCCGGUACAGAGG